UUUCCAUCGACAGGAAAUGACGAAGGAAAAGAUGUUCAGAUCCUUGUUUCUCCUUCCAGUUUUUCUCCUGCUGUUCACUGUUUUCAUAGCUGGCGCACAAGGUAAUAGGUCGCUUUCAGACAAUGCAGUUGACGAAUUAUUCUUGCUCGCAAAUGUUGCUUAUUCCAUUAUUCCCGGAGUAAUUAUUAUUGUUCCGUUUAAAACAGUACGAUUUCUUGACCAAUUUCAGAAACAGUAAACCCUUUCGGCAAACUUUAGCUUUCCCCGGGUUAACGAAAAUUUCUGGACUCGGGCAACUGAUUUAAACUAAGAUUAUGUUAAACUAUAUGACGAUAAUCCGUGAUUAGAUUAUGGUCACACUUUGCCACUUUUCACGACACUUUUAAAGGGACGGUCCACAGGAAAAGCGAUAGGGGAUAAGUAUGCACGAUAUUUUUUUUGUGUUGACCAAUAUGACGAUAAUCCGUGAUUAGAUUAUAUAUGGUCAACUUUUGAACUACAGCUGGGUGAAGUCUUACUCAGUUUAAUUGUUCGUGAAUUAAAAUUUUCUUUAACUGACUGUUCAAUACCGAAUAAAAAAUUUUCCCCAAAAGGAAGAUGUUAGGAUCGGGAGAGUGUAACAGCCACUCAUUCAUGAUCGUUUCUCAAGGAAAUCGUUAUUCCAUUAUUCCUACCCCAAAAAGGUGAUUCAGUUAUUCUGUUAUUCUACCUAAAAGUAAACCAAGAUGCACCCACUUUUGAAUUGGCGAUUUUCCAUUAUAAAUAAUGCGAUCACGCUUCAAAUGAAUUUUGAAUUUUUCAACUCUACGAAACCUACGCUGUCAGUUGUCAUUCAAUGGUUUGUUCGCGUAGGUCGUAUCUCGGAUAAAUAGGCUCUUGCAGCAAGGUCGACCGAAAACUAUCUAAUGAACCGCAGUUUUUUUGUGAUAAUGCAUUUCUGAUCAAUUUGAAAAUCGAAUUUUUCACAGUUUUCGAUGAAGGAACGCCUUAAGUUCCCUUUACUUUGUGGACUUUGCACUGACUCCUCCGUUCCACCAACCUUGUCGAACAAUUCAUGACAUGGUGUAAAGGGUAAGAACAAUGUGCCUUGCAAUCCAGUAAAAUGUAGAGAUCUUAUCUUCAAAAGGAAAGGCAGGAGCUUUCUAUAUAACCCCGCAUCUGACAUUCCUAAAUGUAGUAGUCUUGUUCUACUGGCCCCGGUUGUUCAAACGUUGGAUAGCGCUAUCCACCGGAUAAAUCACUGCUACGUUUAAGUGGUUUUGAACUAUAUUCUCGUUGGGUGCCCCUGAAAUUGAAACAGGGUAAGAAAUAAAAUGGCCCUUAUGACGUCUAUUUAGCAAAGUCUGUAUAAUAUUAAGAUCAGGUUCACAUGCUAAACCAUAGAUAAAAUGCGGCAAAACUAGGAAAGUGAACAAGUCACCUAUUUCGGCUUGUGAAUAAGGGUCCUAAGAACAUGUAGGACAUUUGUUAGCUUUAAUUAAUUUAUGAUUACCAUGCGCCCUAAACUUGCAAUCACUCUCUGGAACGUAACAACCAGGCCCCGGUUGUUCAAACGUCGGAUAGCGCUAUCCACCGGAUAAAUCACUAUCCAGCGGAUAGCGUAUUGUUGAACGUAUUUUAGUAUUUGAAUGGUACUUAUAGGGAUAUUUUCAUCCCCUGAAAAUUUUUCAUCUGUUCGGAUUUCCUAGCUGAAAGUCUAGUGAUGCGAAAAUUAUAGGGAUCAAAACUUACCUUUUCGAAAAUUUCAGCCAGAAAAAAGGCUCCCGAAAAUUCUAGGUGACCUUUUUAGGGUAAAAAUCCGUUUAAAAUGGGCAAUUAUACCUUUUUUUAGAUGUUCGAAAAUCCUAGGAGAGGCAAGCAAGCAAGAAAUUUUACAACAAAUGUUCCGAAAAUUCUAGAUCUCAAAUCAUCUUACGAAGAGAUAUUCUCCAAAAAUUGUCGUUGGGUGCCCCCGCAAUUUAGGAUCACUUAGAGAAGUAAGUCUGUCCCUAAAGGUCCCAAAGGAGUCCUCACGUUUGAGUCCCUAAAUAGACAAAAUUUUUCCUAAUAGUCCAACUGUUCCCAACAACGCCGCUUUCUGGAUCACUUCAAGUCUGAUGGUAACUUUAAGCUUUCCCGUGUAUUUCCCAAACAUAACGUAUACAGCUCUCAAUGCCUCAACACAAUUGGCCCAACCGUCACUUUCUUCAUCUUCCACAACUUUACUAUUUCUUCUCGAAGAAAUUGGUACUUCUCUAUUUUCUCCAGUUCUUUGUCUUUUACUCGUGCAUCUCCAGGGAUAGCGAUCUUUAUGAUCUUAGCCACUUUUGCCUGCUUAUCAACAAGGAUGAUGUUUGGCCUUCUAGCUUCAACCAUCCUAUCACACUGUACACUGAAAUCCCACAGAACUUGUAUUUUCUACCACUUGCUCUGGAGUGUGUUUGUACCCGGGGGGUACUCCCUUACAAGAGCCUAAUGGGGAUGUGCCGCUGGGUGGGGUCGCAUUUUCACGACUGGAGUGACUAUAAUGGGGUCGCAUUUUCAAUAGAGUUACUAGAAUGGGGUCGCAAAUUCUCGAAUUUUGGGGGUAAGUAGGGAAUCAAAAUGGGAAGAUUCUCAGUUAAAAAGAUCAGAAAGUUGUUUAUUAAAUUGAACAAUAAGCUUGCAUUGACCGCAUUGCAUUCCGUUCUUGAAACCACAACUUAAAUAUUAACCAGUUACUCAAUAGCACAAAACCACGGGUCCAGAACAAAGUCCACCGAAACAUCAGUGCUACGGCAUUUACUUUUCUACUGGAUUGUUAUCGUCCAUCGAAGAUAAUACAACGUGGAUCUUCUUUUGUAUUAGCGAGCGUUUGAUCUCUUUUGCUUGGGACUUGUCUGCUUUGAAUGUGACAUUUACAGGAACAUUUAUACCACCUCCAAUACGCCAGCGACCUUUGACAUCAUCAUACGGCUCUCCGGUAACAACGCUAUCAGGUAAGACAUAUCGAAGUAUAAUUAAUCCCUAGUUUUAUUGGUUAUUACGCUAAAGAGGAUUGGCAAGGAAGAUGCAUAAAUAGAAAGUGAUUAAGUUGGGAUCGCAAAAAUUACAUUUUCCAAAAAGUGACUAAGAUGGGGUCUAUAAUUGGCCAAAAAAUAGACUAAAAUGGGGUGGGGGCUCUGAGAGGCCAGCGGCACAUACCCAGAAAACAUUAACCCAAGUACCCCCCCCGGGGUUUGUACCACUGAUCUGCCCAUUCCAGUUCGGCCUUCCCACACAUACCGCGCCACGCUGUCAUGUCGCCUCUUGUAAUCAAACAUUGGGCUAACAUGCUGCAUUCACUUUCUCUCUGCACAUCCUACACAUAG